AUGGCCAAAAGUAUUCGAAGUAAAUCCAAACGUCGCUUCCGAGCCAUAAAACGUCAGAAUGUAUUCGCACCAGUUGAAGAGGCCCGCCUACAAAGACUUGCGGCUAAGCAGGCCAAGACUUCUGAUAAUAACAAUAGAAUGGACUACGAAGCACAAACAACGACAGUCGAAGAGGAUACGCAAGCUGUAGUAAUGGAUGUCGAUGCGCCUAAAAUAUCAACAAGCACACCGAAAAGUAAGAGGCAUAGGGAAAAGAAGAAAGGGAAGAAGAAGGGAAUGAGUAAAGCGAAAAAGAAGAGUCUUAAUGUGUUAGUCCACUUUAGGAGAUGA